AUGAGUUUUUUUCUUUAAUAAGAAUGUAAAUGAAUUUCUAAACAUGUAAUGUACGAUAAGGUUCCCUCCUUAUCUGGUUACUGUCUUGGUGACCAAAGACAAUGGCGACGCAAUCUUAUCUUGUUAAUCUCAACUCCUUCCAUGCGGGAAUCACAGGACGGUAUCCUUCAAUAUUCAAGCCUGCCAAUUUUCGCUUUGGCGUCUAUAAAAGUUUGAAGCAUCCUACUAGAAGAAAUGUCAACGGAAGUUCACGAAUCACGCGAUGUUGUUCAUGUUACACGGAAGUUGGAGCUUCUGCCGGCGCAACAUUCCCAAUAUUAAAUGGAGCUACUGCACAGAGAUGUCUUGAUUUGGAUGUUGACUUGAAUAUCCUCAAGCUUAACAUACCAGAAACUUUACACACUUCCACAGAUUUCAUGACAGGAUUGAUGCUUGCUGAUAUUGAUCCUGCUACUGCAAAAUUAGCUAUUGGAUUUCUAGGUCCCUUCCUCUCAGCAUUUGGUUUUCUCUUUAUCGUGAGAAUAGUCAUGUCAUGGUAUCCAAAACUUCCUGUUGGAAAGUUUCCGUAUGUAAUAGCUUAUGCUCCUACUGAACCGCUUCUCGUUCCUACUCGCAAAGUGAUUCCACCUCUUGCUGGUGUGGAUGUUACUCCUGUGGUUUGGUUUGGAAUGCUUAGUUUUCUUAACGAGAUAUUAGUAGGUCCACAAGGGUUACUUGUUCUUCUUUCACAACAAGUCAAUUAGUUUACACAUUUGGUGUGUUUGUGAAUGACAGUUUUGUAUCUUAACACAUUAUAUACGAAUCAUUUUAUUUACACUUGCACUCA